AUGUCACAAUCAAGCAAACAACCUGCAGUAUCAUUUAGUUUACCUUGGCAUUCACCCGACGAUAUUGAUAAAGCCCCAUCACAAGAUCCGACUAAACCAGUUGACGAGUCAUCGCUCUCAUCAUCCAUGGAAUCAUCAACUGCCAAUGAUGAAACGAAUGCUCCAACGACACCCAAACCUUCGCAGUCAAUAUUUGCGAAACUAACCGAUGCAAAGAAGACGCUCUUCGGCCGAACCAAUGCUCCCGAUCCAUCAUUUUCAUCGGCGACGCAAAAUAAAGCGUUGUUAGCCUAUAUACUCUCCGAGCCGCAACCAACAUUAGAUGUCAUUCAAGAGUACGAACGUAAUGGAGCACAACUGAAUUCAGUCACCGACGAGGGAAAUACAGUGCUACAUUUACUAGCACGCGCUGAAAUCCAAUCGGCGGAAUGUAUUCACAUAGUCGAAUAUUUGACAAAAAAAGGCGGAUGCGAUCCAAACAAACAGAAUGAUUACGGAUGGACAGCAGCUCAUUAUGCAUUAGCAACACGAAAUACCGAUUUAGCUUUGUUUCUCAUCAAAGUUAUGGAUGAUGUCAAUUCUCCGACAUUUGAAACACAUUUUGAUUACCCGAGUCAAACCCAUCUUCUUCAUGUUGCUGCGCACAAAAAUGAUAGUUUAAGUAUUCGCUUAUUGAUUAAAAGCUACAAAGCACGUGUCAACGUCUUCGAUGAAGAUGGAUGUACACCUUUACAUAUUUGCUGUUAUGAUGAUAACAUCGAAGCGUUGAAGGCUCUAUUAGAAAACGAUGCUGACUUUCAAAAAGGUACUCGCUUGAAUCCAUUGGAAACACCUGUGUGUAUUUGUGUCAAAUACCAAUAUGAUUUAUGUUUGAAAGCUCUGUUCGAGUUAACGACAAGCUUCAAUUGGAAACGGUACUUUUCCCAAUUGCCACGUUCGCCGUUGCUAUGUGAUUUUCCAAGUAUAUAUGCAAUUGAAUUGUUAGUUGAACAUUCAUUAGAUAUAAAUGCAUGCGAUGAACAUGGAAAUACAUUUCUACACUAUUUAGUUAAUAAGAAAGAAAUUGACUAUGAAAAGUAUGUGGAAAAAUUGAUUGAGACAUCUGCUGAUUUCAAUCGACAGAAUCAACUUGGACGAACGCCUUUUCUCGACGCCUUAGAACAAAACAAUUUCGAAAUACUUGCGGUGUUCCUUCGACAUAUCGAAGUGACAAAUAUCAACAUGAUAGAUCCAUUCUUGAACACGACAUUGCACUACUGUAAAUAUCUCGACGAAAGAUUCAUCUUCGACAGUGUCUUAACAUCGAAUCCAUCAUCAUUAAAUGCCCAAAACCGUGACGGACAAACACCCUUACAUGACGCAAUUCUUUGUGAUAAUUACUCAUUUGCCCAAUACCUUCUUCAACACAAUUGCGAUGUCAGUCUGACCAACAAGGAUGGAAAUACUCCACUGCAUCUGGUCGCACGAGAUGACAACAUUCGCAUGUACAAGUUAUUAAUGAAAUACGCUCAUUUAGAUUUGACAUUAAUGAAUAAAAUGGGUAAAACUCCGUUACAUUUAGCUUGUGCCAAUGAAAAAGCCAAUGUUGCGGCUUUGUUAAUUAAUAAAAUGGAUACGGAAGAAUUAAAUUUAUUGGAUAUACAAGGUCGUACACCUUUACACGAAUGUGCUGAAAAUAUCAAUGGUGUUCUGGCAAGAUAUUUAAUUCGACACGGUGCUGACGAAAACGCUAAAGAUCUCCGACAAAACACUGUUCUACACUUGACAGCCGAGAAAGGUAACAUUGAGUUGAUUCGUACGCUGAUCAAAUCAUCGAAUGUUGACAUCAAUCAAUUGAAUGCUGAUGGACAAUCGCCGCUUAGUUUAGCUAUUUUGUAUAAUCAUGAUGAUGUGUGCAAACUCCUCCUCGAUCAAAGCAAAAUCCGCAUUCAAUCGACGGACUUGCGUAUGGCUAUGCAAAUGAAUAACUAUGAAAUGAUCAGAUUACUAAUCGAAAAAGAUCGCAAUUGUUUACGUGUUCGAUCAUCGUUACAUGGCGAUAUGAUCAUUCAUACAUAUAUGCGAUUAAACUUGAAUAAUUCAGUCUCACUUGAGACUUUACUUUCGUUCAUAUCUGAUAACGAAUUAUUGGCAUAUCUAUGUGAAUGUAGUUUAGCCAAUGGAGAUAAUUUACUUCAUAUUGCAGCUCGGGAAGAUACACCGAAUGCGUUGACAUGUUUUUUAAAUAUCUCACGAGUGAAGUUUUGGUUCUGGGCAAAUAUGAUGUUGACGAAAAACAAUGACAACAAAACACCAUUAGAAUUAGCAAAUGAUUUCAAACAUUACGCGAUUAUUAAAAUUAUCAACUCCAAAUGGAAAGAAUCAUAUGAACAUUUAUCACAUUCGUUACGCGACGGACAUUGCGGUGUAUCGCCAACAGGUGUUACGCAAGCGAAACGACAUUGUUUCAAUUGUAAGCAAACAGGUUUUAUUCAAACCCCAUCUGGACAAAACUUACGACCAUGUGAAAAGUGUAAUGUCUGCUUGUAUAAAUCACUGGAUAACAGCAUGCAAGUGUUCCUUGCACUGUUGUUCAGUGAUGAGUCGAGCACGAUCGCGCUGGAUAUAAUGGAUUCAUUGAUUGUUGUUAAUGAAGUGCAAAAAGCUGUUCAUUUGUACUUGGAUCAUAUUGAACCAUGGGAAGAAUUCGAUACGAUCGAUACGGAUGAUUCAACGCAUCUUAUCGAUGAACUAGUUAUAGCUUCAGAUCUUCGAAAGAAUCGAGCUAAAGUUCAAAGUCGAGAUAAGUCAGUCACAACGCCUCUUGUCUCAUCGAAUCCUGCUGCAUCAACAGCAAAUCGACCAACAACAGUCUCACAAAUGAGUAACCCGAGUGGACCAUCGCUACUAACUGUAACAUCCUAUGCGCCGCGUCCAUCAAUCACGCAUAAAUUUCGACCAGACGGUACAUUAAUGCGUUGUAUAACACCACUGGAAGCUAUCUAUUACCAUGAACGUCUCGAUCUUAUAACUCAUCCAUUAAUUAAAGGCUUAAUCAAGUGGAAAUGGGAUAAUUUCGCAGCGCGACAUUUUUAUAUUGGUCUUGCUCUUGAAGUGGUGUUUCUCAUAGCAUGGACAUGCAUAUCAUUAAUCACACCGUUCCCUGUUCGUUAUGUUUAUCAGUUUCCACAUGACAUCUGGCGUUGUAUACUUUGGGGGAUUUGUAUUCUAUUUUUAAUAUGGAAAAUCAUCCAAGAAAUGAUUGACAUUACCUAUGCGCGACAACGUUAUGAAGAUUAUCUUAUAUGGGAGUCUGAACGAACAAAUGCACGUCUAGAUCUAAUCUCGAAAAAUAAAUACAAAUCGAACACAGGCGGACAGACUUCGCAAUUAGACUCGAAGAAAAAUGGCAGUGUAGUAAAAUUGAACGAUGAUACAGGAGAAGUUGAACAUAUUGUUAUCAAUGAAUCUUCAACAACGUUGGCCAAUGUUCGUUCUCAUCAUUCGCAACACCAUCCGUUACCAACAACAAUUCCAACGACAGUCAAAGGUCGGCUAACUGAGCCACAGCCUAGUCAGCAAACACCGAUUGAUGUUGUUGUUAGCACCACUGAUUCAUCGAACAAUCCGUCUAUUAGCGUAAAAAGAAAAACAGUACCUGGGGCCACUCCUGAUAGUCCAUUUCUUGCAACAACAGCACCGCGACGUGGAUCACGUUUAGCACGUUUCGCUCUACGUUUCCGAGAUCGAGCACGUACGCGUAUCAAGUCCUAUUACAUGUACUAUUCAUUAAACAACUUAUUCGAUUGGAUUAUUUACAUUCUUUGUAUUUUAACGACAGUAACGCAUGGAAUUGACAUCAGUGGACAUACAGUAUUACGUGCCCGUGUACAUAUGUAUACCGCAUCGAUUACUGUUCUAUGUUUAUGGUUUCGUUUUAUGGUUUUUUUUCGUACGAUAAUCAUAUCCGUGAAAUCUUUGAAAUCGAAAUUAGUGGAGAUUAAAUUAGGAGAAUUGGUAAUCAUGGUUCGUAUGAUGUUUGACGAUAUAAUACGUUUUCUUUUGGUAUUUCUGUUUUUACUCGCACCAUAUGCCUUUGUUUUCUAUGCUGUGUUUGGUGGUCAACAAGUUCUUCAUAGUGACUAUGAAAGGUCACAUGAAAUCUGUGAACAUGCUUUGUUACAUUGCUCAGUUAAUGAACUGCAGUUGCCCUUCGACGGAAGCCCAGACUCGUAUAGAAGUCGUGGUCAGUAUGUGUUCAAUGGUUCAUUGGCUGGUUAUGAUGAUGAAAAAUGUUCAAAUGCAACAUCGGCUUGUCGUUUAAUCGAACCAAAUGGAUUUGAAACGUUCUAUUCAUUAUUAUUUUCCAUCUUUCGCAUAGCCUUAGUUGAUGAUAUUCCUAUUGACUCGUUUACUGCAAUCGACCGUUAUUUCGCUUCAUUCGUUUGCGGAACGUAUUUAUUGUUUACUGCUAUUCUAUCAAUUAACAUAUUCAUUGGUUUGAUAUCGAAUGCUCUGCAAACUGAAGCAUUCUCAACUGUGGAAGCGCGAUUUCUCCUCGAACGCGUGGAAGUCAUACUUAACUACGAAUGGCGUUUAUCGAAACGUAAACGACUGCAAAAUCAAGAAGUUAUCCAUCGAUACUGUUCGCCAUUGCAAUUGCAUUGGAAAGAUAUUAACUUUGACGUUCACGGACAAUCACGCGAAGAACAGCAAUCCAAAGCGUAUGUAGCAUUUCGACAAACAAUUGACAAGCAAACGGUACAAUUCGACACAUUUCGUGUACAAUUACAACAAAAACUUAAUGAUAUUGAUACCACACUGAAUAAAUUUCAAUCCACAUCUAAGCAUGCGAUUGGCCAGCCGGAUAUUGUCGUACGAGGUUCACAUGCAACAACACCGGUUGUAUCUCGACGACCGUCGAUCCAUGUCACAAGCGAGCAGUUAGCUGUACCUCAACAACCGCCGUCGAUGACGACGCAGGCAACGACAAUCAAUCAAGUUUCAGUCAUGGAUGAAAUUACUCGUUUAAGAGAAUUAAUCGAAGAAACAAUUUUAGCACAAGUGGAUAGAACUACCUCAGUUGUACCUCGACAAAUUCCUGGUUCAACAAGCAGUGCAGCAACGACCACUCACCGCUCGCUAACUACAGCAGGACCACGUCAACAAGCACGUCUUCGUACUUUGUCAACACAGCAGGCAGAGGCUCACAUUCAGCCAUACCCACAAGAUUUAGGGGAACGGGUCACUGAUCUACAGUUAGCUGUCAAUCGUCUUCAUCAAGAUGUUAGUGCCAUACGACAAGUAGUAGAACGAAUGUCACCAUUAUCGGCUAGUCUCAUUCUAGGUAGAACAGCUGGACUCAAAUGA